AAACUCAGUCCUGCUCUGCUGUACAGGGUGCAGGGCAGAGGGAGAGCCAAUCACCGAGACGCACAGGUCUCCCUUUAAGUCUGACAUAUCUCCAACAGGAACAAAUUGUCCCAACAAUCAACAUCCCCAAUCUGCUGCGCGCAUCGGGAGGUUGGAGAGGAGUGGAUACAGAGCGCAGGCCUGACGGACAGGAAGCUUUGAAAACCAUUUGAGGACAAUAACCCGCUCUGGACAGCGACAUUUCUGGGCUCUGGACACCAUGUCAAUCCUUCCGUCCUUCGGGUUUACGCAGGAGCAAGUGGCGUGCGUCUGCGAGGUGCUGCAGCAAGGAGGAAACCUGGAGAGGCUCGGCCGCUUCCUGUGGUCCCUGCCCGCCUGCGACCACCUCCACAAGAACGAAAGCGUCCUGAAAGCCAAGGCGGUGGUCGCCUUCCACCGGGGGAACUUCAGGGAGCUGUACAAGAUCCUGGAGAGCCACCAGUUCUCGCCGCACAACCACCCCAAGCUGCAGCAGCUGUGGCUCAAGGCGCACUACGUGGAGGCGGAGAAGCUGCGCGGCCGGCCGCUCGGCGCAGUCGGGAAGUACCGGGUGAGGAGGAAAUUCCCGCUGCCCCGAACCAUCUGGGACGGCGAGGAGACCAGUUACUGCUUCAAGGAGAAGUCCAGGGGCGUGCUGCGGGAGUGGUACACGCACAACCCCUACCCGUCCCCGCGGGAGAAGAGGGAGCUGGCUGAGGCCACGGGGCUGACCACCACGCAGGUCAGCAACUGGUUCAAGAACAGGAGGCAGAGGGACAGAGCCGCCGAGGCCAAAGAGAGAGAGAACAGUGAAAACAACAACGCAGGAGGCAACAAACAGAACCAGCUGUCCCCUCUGGAUGGAGGGAAGUCUCUCAUGUCCAGCUCGGAGGACGAGUUUUCUCCUCCUCAGAGUCCGGACCAGAACUCUGCGCUUUUGCUUCAGGGCAGCAUGAGCCACCCUGGGGCCUCCUCUUACCCCAUGUCCGGCCUGGGGGCCCCACAGCCGGUGCACGGCAUGCACGGACACCCACACCAGCUGCAGGACUCCUUGUUGGGACCUCUAACCUCCAGUCUUGUGGAUUUGGGCUCUUAAAGCAGCGGAUUCUUCUGUUUUACGGAACCAGAAGAAAGAAAAAACGGAAGAGGACUGAUAAUGAUAUCAGAUUGAACAUGUGUAUAAAAUAACACUAUUGUAGCCUAACUUCUGAUAAUAUAGACUGACUUAUCUGUCGUUAAAUUUUGGUUAGAAAUUAAUCCUCUAAUGCGCUUUAAUCACAUCCCCUCAACAGAUUUUUUUUUUCUUUCUGAAAACACACAAAACGGACCUUUAUAAAACUUAACAGGACUGCCUUGCUUAAUUUAUGAUUUAUUUUUUGUUAAAGCAUAAAAAAAAUAUAGCAGCCGUCUGCGAUGGAAACUAAAAAAGUAACGUUUUCCUUAGAGUCAUGAUUAGUUUCCAAUAAAACUAAAGUAUUGCA